AUAUAGAACGGAUGGAUUUGAGUAAGUACCGGUAUUAAAAGUCUAAGUUUUCCCUUCGGUGGGUGUGAAUGACCUCUUUCGUUUACUUUUUAUAUUUGAUAUCAUAUUCGCUGUUUUAUAUUAUGGUUCUGAAUCUUUACAUUUUUCUUUCAAGGCUGUGUGAGUAUAACUACGUAUUGAUAUUACUCUACAACUCUCAAUACUUUUCUAUACACAUACCAUAUACAUAAGGAAGGAAGAAGUUAUAAAUAUCCUCGACUUAUAUAUACCCGACAUUCGACUAAAGUACAUCAACUAUCAUACCUCCAAAAUGUCUACCUCACCGCCGCCAAAAACCACCCUCCGCCCCUCGAAAUUCAUCGAGGGACCUCCUCUCACGUCUAGAACCCCUAACCUCGCCCAAGCAGACGAGCAACUCCAAAUCAUUCUCCUAGAAAUGGAUUCCUACGAAACCUCACGACAAUCACAACGCAAAUCCAAAUCACGGAGCUCAUCGAGUAGCUCCUCCAACUCUAAUUCCUCGCAUUCAUCUACAGGUUCUACAUCAUCUAUUCCAUUUUUUUCGAGUGCUUCAAAAAGAACCAGUCAUGAUUAUUCACCUUCGAUUUCUACUCCACAUACAUCUGCGAGUAAUAAGAGAUUUAGCGGGGCAAGAGCGAGUUUGGAUAUGAGUAAUCCAUUUACGAAUUCGGAGAGUACGUUGGGAAGAAGUAGGGGUAGUACGAUUGAAAGUAUGAGUGGAUCGGGAAUUUUGGAUGAGGGACCAAUGAGAGAUGCGCAGAUAUUGGGUUUGAAGAUUAAAGGGAGAUUGAGGGCUUGGAGUCGGGCGAAAGAUGAGGGCGUCCGACCUUAUGUGAAUACUUGAAGUGGGAUUGGAUGGAUGGGAUGAUUUGAGAUCGGAAUGUGUUACGAAAGUUUCAUUAUGACUCUGGGUGUUCGAUAUGAGGUUAUACGGUAGAAUCACUGGAACGACGGGAUUUGUCUGAUGAAGAAGAGGUCAUCUCUAUGGAAGAUGAGUGAAAAGUUCUCACAAAAUAUCGAUGUCCGAUAGAAGGCAAGAAGACGCUGUAUUACAGUAGUAUGAAGGAGAUAGGCUAAGGUUAAAUCGCCAACGCAGAGCCACGAAUGGAGAAUAGGUCCCGAGACGAGGAUUUUGUGGAGAAGGAGGGGAGCACGACAGACGAUAAGUCGAAAUAAGUACAGAGUAGAUAGAUAGAAAGCCCAUCGCUUUGACAAGGUAUCACAAAGCAAAUACAGAGUACACACAAAGCAACAAAUAUUAACAUCAAAAACACUUUGAACAUUCAAACUUAAUUUACAUUUUGGUAGAUCCCACCAAGUAAAA